GGGCCCCGGCGGCGGGCCUCGGGCGGCGGUGGCGCAGCAGCGGCGGCAUUGGCGGAGCGCGUGUGCGGGCCCGGGAGCGGCGGCAGCGGCCGGAGCCCGGGGAGGCGGCGGCGGAGCUCGGAGGCGGCCCCGGCGCAGACACAGGAUGCCCAAGGCCUUCAUGAGAUAAAGUGCGGCAAGGAGCCCGAGGCCCUCUCAUCUCGUAUUUUCCCCCAAACCAGGAUUUUUCAUUCCCAUGGUGUGCCUGGAUGGAGGAGGAAAAGCUCUGGAGAUUCUGCACGAGGAGGGGCUGCAAACCCAGCCCAGGGAGCUGCAGGGAGGAAAGAGCCCCCCUGAGCCAGGAAGGCGGCCAGAGAUCCAGGCAGAGCUCAGAGCUGGUGGAGAAGCCUCAUGGCAAGGAGAAGCCCCACGAGUGUUUGGAAUGUGGGAAGGGUUUCAGCCGGCGCAUUGACCUGAUCCAGCACCAGGUGAUCCACACUGGGGAACGGCCCUAUGAGUGUGGGAAAUGUGGGAAGAGCUUCAGCUACAAGCGCAACCUGAUCCAACACCAGAGGAUCCACACUGGGGAAAAGCCCUUUGAGUGUGGGGAAUGUGGGAAGAGCUUCAGCCAGGGGGGCGGCCUGAUGCAACACCAGAGGAUCCACACCGAGGACCGGCCCUACAAGUGUGGGGAAUGUGGGAUGGGAUUCAAGCAGAAGGGCACGAUGCUGCAACACCAGAGGAUCCACACUGGGGAAAAGCCCUAUGAAUGUGGGGAAUGUGGGAAGAGCUUCAGGUGCAGCUCUGUCCUGAGGCAGCAUGAGAGGAUCCACACUGGGGAAAAGCCCUAUGAGUGUGGGGAAUGUGGGAAGAGCUUCAGGCGCAGCUCUGUCCUGAGGAAUCAUGAGAGGAUCCACUCUGGGGAAAAGCCCUACAAGUGUGGGGAGUGUGGGAAGAGCUUCAGAGAAAGCAGGGCCCUGAUUCGGCACCAAGUGAGCCACACGGGGGACCGGCCCUACACCUGCUUGGAAUGUGGGAAGAGCUAUGGGUGGCACUCCGACCUGAGAAAUCACCAGCUCCUCCACACUGGGGAGAAACCCUAUGAGUGUCCCCAGUGUGGGAAGAGGUUUCAUAUCAGCUCCAGUCUCCUCGUACAUCAGCGGAUUCACACAGAGGAGAGGCCCUUCCGCUGCCCCAACUGCGGGAAGGGCUUCAAGCACAACUCCACCCUCACCAUGCACCGGCGCAUCCACACCGGGGAGAGGCCCUACGAGUGUGGGGAGUGUGGGAAGGGCUUAUCACAGAGCUCUAACUUGACCCAACAUCAACGGAGGCGCCACUAAGGGAAGCCCUGUGAGUGCCCCGAGUGCGGGAAGAGCUUCGUGCGCUGCUCCAGUUCCAUCCCCAUGGGAGGAUCCGCGUUGGGUGAUCCCCAGUGACUCCCAAUGGGCAGAGCCCUGGGAUCUGUGGUCCUGGUGAUGCGUGUUGGGAAGACACCUGGCUUGGAGGCUCCACAUCUUCCUGGUUCCCUGGGGGCACUUAGAUAAACCCAGCAGCAGGAACAUCCAUUGGGACACAGACCAAGAGUGGGAAUUCCUUGGGGAGAGCAGAUUUGUCAACUUGCAACCCCAUAAACUUGCAUUCAAUCCUAUCUUCUGCUGGCAUCAGGGAGUACUGGAUCAUCCUCGAGGUAUGUCUUGGGUUGAUUAUAUGAUGCUUGUGUCCCCAGUCGUCUGUACUGUUUAUGCUGAAUAAUAAGUUUUGCACCUUUAGACUUGUCCUGAGAGUGAAGUGGGGAGAGAAGUGCAGAGUUUGUUUACAGAAACUGCACUCACUCCUCUACAUUCCUGCUCCUGCACUGUGCUGCCUGUGGAUGCCCAGACAGCGGGACAGAGCUCUCCUUGGCUUUUAGUUAGUUUUAGCUAGCUGAGGCAAAGAAGUUCCCUGGACUGUGGGGUUUUUCCCUUUUCUUUGGACCUUGUUUGAACCUGCUCUGGCCUGAACACCAGAAGAGCACUGGCAGCUCAUACCUGUGGCCACCGGGCUGGGCCUGGGCCGUGGCAUUUCCGGCACCGGAGGGACUGAUCAGAGACUGAGUGAGCCAAGCUACAGCCCACAGAGGGGACUGUGAAUUUGUCUCUCUUUUAGGAGUGGCAAGAGGUUUUAUUGUUUAAUAUUGUUUAGAUUUUAUUGUUUAAUAAACAGUUUUUUCUACUUUUAUCCAAGGAGGUAUUUUAUUUUUCCUGAACCGGUGUGGGGAGUAGCCAAUUGAAUCUGCUUUCUAGAGGAACCCCUUUGGGGGUUCUCUCCCAAAUUUGCCCUGAACCAGGACAAGGUCUUCUCCAACUUCAUGGAUUCCAUUAUUUUGAUUUCCUAUUACACAAGGGAGUCUUCCACAGCCAAAUGGUGAAAAACUGCAGAAAAGACCAAGAUUUUGGAGACAGUGGGGUAGAAACUCCACCAGAAAAGGUUCUUCUCUUCCACCCAAUCAUGUGGAUCCUCAGCCAGCAUGGACACUGAAAUCCUUUUCUCUUGGCCUUGAUUUUUUUUUUUCAUUUCUCUUCAUCCCUUUCAAAUAUGCAAUCUUAGGGUAAAAAUAGACAUUGAACUAAGACAUGGGUGUAGUCAUGGUAGGACAGAGAUGUGGUGGGACACAGACAUGGAGAGUGACAUGGGCACACAUGGACAUGGAGUGGGACAUAGGCAUUCAUGGGGACAUGGGUGAACACAGGCAUGGAUGGGGAUGUGGGGGCCAAUGACUGGGAUGGAAACAUGGUGGGGAGACAGCCAUGGGUGAGGACAUUGUGGGACAUGGCCAGUGACAAGU